CUCGGACGAGGACCCCUACAUGUGUCAGAAAGACUUCAAGUGUCCCGGCAUCAGCGCGCGCUGCGAGACGCCGGUGGACGGGCAGUUCACGUGCGUGCCCGUGCAACACUUCUGUGACGGCGAGCGACACUGCCCCGACGCCAGCGACGAGUGGGACAUCUGCGACAACAUGACGGAGACGUGCGCGGCGCUGCAGUGCGAGGAGGGGUGCCGGGCCACGCACGGCGGGCCGGCCUGCUACUGCCGCGCCGGGUACGAGCCGGACGCCGGCGGCCGCUGCCGGGACGCGGACGAGUGCGCGCGCGACGACACGUGCGCGCAGCUGUGCCACAACACGGUCGGCUCCUACACGUGCAGCUGCGCGCCCGGCUACCGGCUGCAGGACGGCCGCGACUGCGUGCCCGUCAACGAGCCGGAGGGCGAGCCGCUGUCGCUGCUGGUGGUGACGGCGAGCGACGUGCGGCGCGUGUGGCCGGGCGACGACGCGCCGCAGUGGCCGCGCACGCGCACGCGCCUGGCCGCGCUCAACGUGCGCGCCAUCGACAUCCUCUACUCCAACCGGAGCGUGUGCUACGUGCACCACAACCUGAGCUCGGCCGACAUCGUGUGCGCGGCGGCGGACGACCUGGCGCGGCGGCGCGUGCUGGCGCGGCCCGCGCUGUUCCCCGACGUGGCCGGCGUCAGCCACCUGGCCGCCGACUGGGUGGCCGGCAACUGGUACCUGGUGGACGGCGCGCGCGAGGCGCUGUACGCCUGCACGCGCGACCUGCAGCACUGCCGCCUGCUGGUGGAGGGCGCGCUGGGCAAGGUGCACGGCUUCGCGCUGGACCCCGCCGCCGGCCUCAUGUUCUGGACGGUGUGGGGCGCCGCGCCCCCGGCCGUGGAGCGCGCCUCGCUGGCGGGCGCGGACCGCGCCCCCGUGGCGGCGCUGAAGCUGGUGUACCCGUCGGCGCUGACGCUGGAGCCGGCGGCGCGCACGCUGUACUGGGCCGACGCCUACCUCGACUGCGUGGAGCGCGCCGACUACAGCGGCGCCAACCGACGCACGCUGCGCCGCGGAUACGCGAGUCAGGAGCUACAUCACAUCGCGGCGCUGGGCGGCGUGCUGUACCUGCCCAGCUGGAGGAACUCCAGCCUGCUGCUGGCGGGGCGCGGGGGCGCGCGCAGCGUGGCGCUGGACGCGCGCCCCACCGCCGCGCUGGUGUUCCACCGCGCGCGCCAGCCGCGCAGCGUGCACCCGUGCAGCCUGCACAACGGCGGCUGCGCGCACCUGUGCAUCACGGCCUACGACGGACACGCGGCGCGCGCGCACUGCGCCUGCCGGCACGGCUGGCGCCUGGCGGGGCGCGGCUGCGAGCGCGCGCACGAGGACGCGUACCUGGUGCUGGCGCGCGGCGCGCCGCCGCUGGUGGUGGCGCUGGCGCUGCGGCCGCGCGGCGGGGAGGCGGCGGCGCCGGCCACGGACGCGGCGCGGCCCACGGCGGCCGACGUGGACACGCGCGACGGGCUGCUGUACUACUGCGACGUGCACCGCUACCAGAUCGUGCGCCAGCGCCUCGACGGCAGCGGCCGCGAGCUCUUCGCCGGCCGCGACGUCGACAACUGCGAGGGACUCGCCGUCGACUGGAUGGGGCGCAACCUGUACUGGACGGACGACGCGCUGGGCACGGUGAGCGUGGCGCGGCUGGACGCGCCCGACGUGCGGCGCGUGCUGGUGCGCGAGCGCGACUACCAGCACUACCACCCGCGCGCCAUCGCGCUGCAGCCCGCCAACGGCACCAUGUUCUGGUCGGUGUGGGCGGGCGCGGGCGGCGGCGCGGCGCGCCUGGAGACGGCGCACAUGGACGGCGGCGCGCGCCGCACGCUGCUGGCCGACGGCCUGCACUGGCCGGCCGGGCUCGCGCUGUCCGACGACGGCUACCUGUACUGGUGCGACACGUUCCUGAACCGCGUGGAGCGCCUGGAGCUGCGCUCGGGGCGCCGCCAGCUGGUGACGGCGGACGCGGUCAAACCGUACGGCCUGGCGCUGUAUGAGGGCGCCGUGUACUGGAGCGAGCACGGCACGGGCGCGGUGCGGCGGCGCGACGCGGACGGCAACGUCACGGAGCUGUACCGGCUGCCGCCGCCGCUGUACGGGCUGCGGCUCGUGGCCGGCUCGGCGCGCGGCGGACGCAACGCCUGCGCGCGGCGGGGCUGCGCCGAGCUGUGCCUGGCCACGCCCGCCGGCCGCGCCUGCGCCUGCGCCGACGGCCGCGAGCCGGCCCCGCUGGCGCCGCACGAGUGCCGCGCGGCGCCGGCGCCCCGCCGCCCGGCGCCCUGCCCGCCCGACACCUUCGCCUGCCGGAACGGGCGCUGCAUCGAGGAGCAGUACGUGUGUGACGGCGACCUCGACUGCAGCGACGGCUCCGACGAGGACGCCUCGCCCAGCGGACCCUGCGCCAACGUCACGUGCGCCGACGAGCAGUUCCUGCGCUGCGACUCCAACCGCUGCAUCCCCAACUCGUGGGUCUGCGACGGACAGAAAGACUGCAACGACGGCGCGGACGAGGCGGCGGCGGCGUGCGCGCUGCGCGGCUGCCGCGCGGCGCAGUUCCAGUGCGCGCGCUCGCGGCGCUGCAUCCCGCUGUGGUGGCGCUGCGACGGCGCGCCCGACUGCGGCCGCGGCGACGCCAGCGACGAGCAGGCGUGCGCCGCGCAGCGCUGCAGCGCCGCCAUGUUCCCGUGCGACAACGGCGCCUGCCUGCCGUGGGACUACUACUGCGACGGCCACGCCGACUGCGCCGACGCCAGCGACGAGCGCGCCUGCGCAGACGUGUCCACCGCGCCGCCGCGCCGCGCGCCCGACUCCCGCCGUAAAAAUGUGGAUGUAAGCGCAUGCGAGGAGCACGAGUUCCAGUGCAACAACACCGAGUGCAUCAGAAAGGAGUUCCGGUGCGACGCGCACGUGGACUGCCUGGACGGGUCGGACGAGGCGGGCUGCGCGGCCAGCAACGCCAGCAGCGCCAGUCCCGGGCCGGUUGCGGGCAGCGCCAGCAGCCCGGCGCCGGCGCUGGAGUGCGCGGCGCCGGCGCUGCGCUGCGACAACGGGUCGCGCUGCGUGCCGCUGGCGCAGCAGUGCGACGGCGCGGCGGACUGCGCGGACGGCGCGGACGAGGCGGACCGCUGCGGCGAGCCCAUGUGCGCGCUGGCGGCGUGCUCGCACGGCUGCCGGCCGGCGCCGGGCGGCCCCGUGUGCACGUGCCCGGCCGGCCUGGCGCUGGCCGCGGACGGCGCGUCGUGCGCGCCGCGCCGCCCGUGCGCCGCCUGGGGCGUGUGCGCGCACGGCUGCGUGCCCACCAAGGCGGGCCACAAGUGCACCUGCGACCCCGGCUACCGCCUCGCCGACGACGGCUUCAGCUGCAAGAGCACGGACGGCAGCACCCCGCUGCUGGUGUUCAGCAACCGGCACGAGGUGCGCGGCGUGGAGCUGCCGGCGCUGACGGCGCGGCCGCUCAUCUCCUCGCUCAAGAACACCAUCGCGCUGGACUGGCGCCGCGACCCCGCCACUGGCGCCCUGCAGCUCUACUGGACCGACGUCGUCGACGACAACAUCUACCGCGGCUCCAUCGUCGGGAACGCGCUGAGCGGCAUCGAGGCGGUGGUGCGGCAGGGACUGUCCACGGCCGAGGGGCUGGCGGUGGACUGGGUGGCCGGCAACCUCUACUGGGUGGAGAGCAGUCUGCACCAGAUCGAGGUGGCGCGGCUGGACGGGCAGUACCGGCGCACGCUGGUGGCGGGCGACAUGGACAGCCCGCGCGCCAUCGCCGUGGACCCGCGCGACGGGUACCUGUUCUGGAGCGACUGGGAGCAGGCGGCGCCGCGCAUCGAGCGCGCGUCGCUGGCCGGGCGCGCGCGCCGCGUGCUCGUGCGCGUGGACGUGCUGGGCGACGGCGCCUGGCCCAACGGCAUCACGCUGGACUACCGCGCGCGCCGCCUGUACUGGGUGGACGCGCGCUCCGACUCCAUCCACUGCGCGGACUACGAGGGCGCCGACCACCGCGUGGUGCUGCGCGCGCACCCCGCGCUGUCGCACCCCUUCGCCGUGGUCGUGUUCGAGGCGCACGUGUACUGGACGGACUGGCGCUCCAACAGCGUGGUGCGCGCCGACAAGUGGCGCGGCGGGGACGUCACCGUGGUGCAGCGCACGCUCACGCAGCCCUUCGACGUCAAGGUGCUGCACGCCCGCCGCCAGCCGCCCGCCGCCGCCAACCCCUGCGCCGCCAACGGGGGCUGCUCGCACCUGUGCCUCAUCCACUCGCCCAGAGAGCGCGACUGCGCCUGCCCGCACGUCAUGCGCCUGGCGCGCGACAACGUCACCUGCGAGCCGCACGAGAAGGUGCUGCUGAUCGCGCGCGCCGGCGAGAUCCGCGGCGUGGACCUGGAGGCGCCGCAGGUGCACAUGAUCCCCACCGUGUCGGGCGCGCACGUGACGGCGCCGGCCGCGCUGCAGUACGAGGCGGGCGCGCGCCGCAUCUACUGGGCCGACACCGAGACCAGCGAGAUCAAGAGCGCCGCGCUGACCGGCGGCGCCGUGCGCGUGCUGGCCGACAGCGGCGUGCGCCAGCCGCGCGGCUUCGCGCUGGACUGGGCGGCCGGCGUGCUGUACUACUCGUCGGGCGCCGCGCUGCUGGCCGCCAGCCUGGCCGGCGAGCACACGCUGCUGCUGCGCGAGCUCGCCAACGUGUCGGCGCUGGCCGUGGACCCGCGCCGCGGCCGCCUGUACUGGGCCGCGCAGGAGCCCGACGCCGAGCGCAUCACGCAGGCCGACGGCGCCGCCGAGCACGCGCGGCCCCUGCUGGACUCGCUCACCGAGCCGCUCCUCUCCGGUGUCACCAGUUUGUGUGUGGACCUGGACGCGGACCGGCUGUACUGGGUGAACACCGGGUCGUCGAGCAUGCAGUACAUCGACAUCGCCACCGGUAGAGUGAGCACGCUGGAGGCGGGCGCGGGCGCGCGGCCGGCGGCGCUGGAGGUGUACGGCGGCGAGCUGCUGUGGGCCGACAGCGAGGCGCAGCAGCUGCGCGCGUGCGACAAGGAGCGCUGCGCCGCGCGCACGCAGCGCACGCUGCGCGCCGCCGCGCCCGGCGUGCUGGCGCUGCGCGUGUACGACGCGGCGGUGCAGCGCGCCGUGCGCGGGCCGUGCGCCGCGCGCGCCGCGCCGUGCGCGCACGUGUGCGUGGCGGUGUCGGCCACGGCCAGCCAGUGCCGCUGCGCGACGGGCUACCGGCGCCACGGCGACGCCUGCACCCCCGUGGACGAGGUGGUGGUGUACUCGGUGAGCUGGGAGCUGCGCGGCGCGGCGCUGGAUGCCGGCGCAGACGACGGGGCGGGGACCGCGCGGCGCGAGCGCGGCCUGCUGCCGCCCGUGCCGCAGCUGUCGCUGGCGUCGGCGCUGGCGUACGACGCGGCCGCCGAGCUGCUGUUCUGGGCCGACGCCGAGGCGGCGCGCGUGUGGCGCGUGCGCCGCGACGGCUCGGGCCGCGCGCUGCUGGCGGACGCGGGCAGCCCGGGGCGCGGGGGCGCGGCGGACUGGCCGGCCGCGCUGGCGGUGGACUGGCGCGCGCGCAACGUGUACUGGUCGGACCCGCGCCGCGCGCUGCUGCUGGUGGCGCGCUACGACGGCUCGCACCGCUACGUGCUGCUGGACACCGACCCGCUCGCCGUCACCGCGAUGGCCAUCGACCCGGUGGCGGGCUGGCUGUUCCUGGCGGGCGGCGGCUGGAUCGAGCGCGCGCGGCUGGACGGGUCGGCGCGCGGGCUGCUGUACAACGGGUCGGCCGUGGGCGACGUGGCGGCGGACGGCGGCCGCGUGUACUGGCUGGAGCCGGCCGCGGCGCGCCUGUGGGCGGCCGACUACGACGGCGCGCGCCGCGCCCUGCUGGCGCAGCUGGCGCCGCAGCGACACCACCCCGUGGCGCUGGCCGUCUACAACGCCACGCUGUACUGGCUGGACACGUCUGCGAGCCGCGGCAGCGUGCUGGCGGCGCCGCUGGCCAACCUGACGCAGCAGCGGGUGCUGCGGGACAACCUCGGAGACAGCCUCAAAGACAUCGCGGUGUGGGCGCGGUCGUCCCAGCCGGCGGGCGGCGCAUGCGCGGCGGCGCGCUGCGCGGCGCUGUGCCUGGCCGCGCCCGCGCCGCGCUGCGUGUGCCCGCACGGCCGCCUGGCGCCCGACGCCCGCAACUGUACGCCGUACGACUCGUUCCUCGUGUACUCGCGCGUCACUGAGAUCGACACCAUCCACCUGCUGGACGAGAAGGACCUGAACUCCCCUUACAAGCCCAUCCAAGACAAGGAACUGAUGCGGAACGCGAUCAGCCUGGCGUACGAGUACGACGGCUCGCGGCUCUUCUACUCGGACAUCCAGCGCGGCUCCAUCAACACCGUGCACUUCAACGGCUCCGGACACGAGGUGCUGCUGGAACAGGUGGGCGCCGUGGAGGGCAUGGUGUUCGCGGCCGACAGCGGCGCGCUGUACUGGACCAGCAGCAGCGGCGCCGCCGUGCGCAGCGCGCGCCCCGCCGAGCUGCGCGGCACGCCGGGCCCGCGCCGCGCCGCGCGCGUGCGCACCGUGCUGCGGCUGGGCGCGGGCGCGCGGCCGCGCGGCAUCGACUACGAGCCGUGCGAGCGGCGCCUGUACUGGACCAACUGGAACGAGUCGCAGCCCAGCAUCCAGCGCGCCUACGCCAGCGGCCGCGGCCUGCAGACCGUGGUGGCCACGCACAUCCUCAUGCCCAACGGGCUGGCGCUGGACCACGCCGCCAAGAAGGUGUACUGGGCGGACGCGCGCCUGGACAAGAUCGAGCGCAUGCAGUACGACGGCUCGCAGCGCCACGUGGUGACGCGCGCCAGCACGGAGCACCCCUUCGACCUGGCCGUGGCCGGGCCCUGGCUGUACUGGACGGACUGGCUGGCGCACGGCGUGUUCCGCGCCGACAAGCGCGCCGGCGGCGCCACGGCGCUGCGCCGCGACGUGCCGCGCCCCAUGGCCAUCCUCGCCGUGCUGCCGCAGCAUCAGACCUGCUCGGCGGACCCGUGCGCCACGCUCAACGGGGGCUGCGCCGAGCUGUGCCACCUGGACGCGGGCGGCGCCGCCGCCUGCCGCUGCGGCGCGGGCCGCGAGCUGGCGCCCGACGGCCGCGCCUGCCGCCCCGCCGCCGCCGCCUGCCCCGCGGGCACCUGGGCCUGCGCCGAGGGCGCCUGCAUCCCCGAAGGCCUGGUGUGCGACGGCGUGCCGCACUGCAGCGACUCGCCCGCCGCCAGCGACGAGGACCUCUACUACUGCACGUCGCGCGCGUGCGGCGCGGGCAGCGUGGCGUGCGGCGCGGGCGGGCGCUGCGUGGCGGCGGCGCGGCAGUGCGACGGCCGCGCCGACUGCGACGACGGCGCGGACGAGGCGGACUGCGACUGCGGCGCGGCGCGCUACCGCUGCGACGACGGCGCCUGCGUGCCGCUGGCGGCGCGCUGCGACCGCGUAGCAAACUGCGCGGACGGCUCGGACGAGCGCGACUGCCCGGCGUGCCUGGGCCCCGACUGCGUGCCGGCCGAGCCCCCCACCACCGAUUCCAACGCGAUCCAGACGAGCACGACGGAGGCGAGCAGCGCGGCCGGCGGCGAGGACGAGGAGGACGGCUGCGAGGGCGCGCACUUCCGCUGCGGCGGCGGGGAGUGCGUGCCGCUGGCGUGGCGCUGCGACGGCCGCGCCGACUGCCCCGACGGCUCCGACGAGGCCGCGCCCUGCCGGCACGCCAACGCGACGGGCGCGUGCACGGCGGCGCAGUUCUCGUGCGGCGACGGGCGCUGCGUGGCGGCGCGCGCGCGCUGCGACGGCGUGCCGGACUGCGCGCGAGGGGACGACGAGCGCGACUGCGUGUGCCCGCCCGGCGCCAUGCGCUGCGCCGACUCGGGCCUGUGCCUGCACCCGAGCCUGUACUGCGACGGGGACGCGGACUGCGGCGACGGGUCGGACGAGCCGGCGGGCUGCGGGUCCCGCGGGGGCGGGGCGGCGGGCGGGGCGCUGUGCGGCGCGGACGCGCUGCAGUGCGCGGGGCGCUGCGUGGCGCGCGAGCUGCAGUGCGACGGCCGCGACCACUGCGGGGACGGCGGCGGCGCCGGCGCCGGCUCCGACGAGGACCCCGACCUGUGCGCGUCGUACGAGCGGUCGCUGGGCGCGGGCGAGCUGGCAACAGCGCGCGGCGUGUGUGCGCGCGGCGAGUGGCAGUGCGGCAACGGCGCGUGCGUGGCGCGCGGCGCGCUGUGUGACGGCGCCGACGACUGCGGCGACUACACGGACGAGAGCCACUGCAACGUGGACGAGUGCUCGUUCGUGAACGGCGAGUGCGCGCACAACUGCACGGAGCUGGCCGUGGGCCGCGCCUGCUGGUGCCGCGCGGGCUGGCGCCUGGCGGCCGACGCGCGCGCCUGCGCCGACGUCGACGAGUGCGCCGAGGACGAUCCCUGCGACCACUCCUGCAGGAACACGGUCGGCAGCUUCGAGUGCUCGUGCGUGGCCGGGUACAAGCUCAUGGAGGACGGAGUCUCGUGCACGCCCGACUCGCCGGUGCGCGGCAGCCUGAUCUUCACCAACCGGUACUACAUCCGGCGCGCGGCGCUGGGCGCGGACGGCGCGGCGGGCGCCAGCUCGCUGCUGGUGCACGAGCUCAGCAACGCGGUGGCGCUGGACAUGCAGUGGGCGGAGCGCUGCCUGUACUGGAGCGACGUGACGCGGCUGGGCUCGGCCAUCCGGCGCGCCUGCGGGCCGGGCGCGGCGCCGCACCAGCUGCUGCACGGCGCCACGCUGCAGAACCCCGACGGGCUAGCCGUGGACUGGGUGGGCGGCAACGUGUACUGGUGCGACAAGGGCACCGACACCGUGGAGGUGUCGCGCGCCGACGGCCGCCACCGCCGCGUGCUGCUGCGCGGGGGACUCAGCGAGCCGCGCGCGCUGGCGCUGCUGCCGGCGCGCGGCUGGCUGUACUGGUCGGACUGGGGCGCGGCGCCGCACAUCGGCCGCGCCGGCAUGGACGGCUCGCGCCGCCGCGUGCUGCUGAGCGCCGGCCUGUACUGGCCCAACGCGCUCACGCUGAGCCCCGCCUCGCAGGAGCUGUACUUCGCGGACGCGCGCCAGGACUACAUCGCCGUCGCCGACCUGGACGGCCGCAACGUGCGCGUGCUGUUCUCGCGAGAGCGCAUGCCGUGGCUGCGGCUGCACCACGUGUUCGCGCUGGCCGUGUGGGACGGCCGCGUGUACUGGUCGGACUGGGAGACGCGCGCCAUCGAGUCGUGCCGCCGCCGCCCGCUGCCGCCCGGCGCGCUGCCGGCCGCCAGCAAUACUACCGGCGCGCUACCGGCCGCCAACAGUACGUCCGGCGCGCUACCGGCCAGCAACAGUACGGGCGGCGCGUACGACUGCCGUACGCUGGUGCACACGGUGCACAAGCCCAUGGACCUGCGCGUGUACCACCCCGCGCGCCAGCCGCCCGCGCCCGAGCUGUCGGCGCGGUGCGCGGAGCUGAACUGCUCGGGCCUGUGCCUGCUGACGCCGGCGGACGACGACGCGGGGGCGGGGGCGCAGGCGGGGGCGCGCUGCGCCUGCCCCGAGCACUGGCUGCUGGCGGCGGACGGGCGCUCGUGCACGCCCAACUGCACGUCGGCGCACUUCGUGUGCGCGUCCGCGCUGAAGUGCAUCCCGUUCUGGUGGCGCUGCGACACGCAGGACGACUGCGGCGACGGCAGCGACGAGCCGGCGUCGUGCCCGCCGUUCCGCUGCGAGCCCGGCCAGUUCCAGUGCGACAGCGGCCGCUGCCUGCACCCCUCGCACAUCUGCGACGGCACGCCGCACUGCGCCGACGGCUCCGACGAGCGCGACUGCGACAAGUUCACGUGCCUGGCGUCGCAGUGGAAGUGCCGCGGCAACGCGACGGCGGCGGUGUCGGCGCGCUGCGUGGCGGCGGCGGCGCGCUGCGACGGCCGCGCCGACUGCCACGACGCGGACGACGAGGCCGACUGCCCGCCGCGCACCUGUCCGCCGCACCACUUCACGUGCCGCAACGGAGCGUGCGUGCCGCUGGUGUGGGUGUGCGACGCCGACUCGGACUGCGGCGACGGCUCCGACGAGGGCGCGCAGUGCGCCGCGCGGACCUGCGCCCCCGCCGAGUUCCGCUGCGGCUCGGGGCGCUGCAUCCCGCGCGAGUGGCUGUGCGACGCCGAGCCCGACUGCCCCGGCCGCGAGGACGAGGCGGCGUGCGGCGCGGCGCGCGCGCCCCCCUGCGACCCCACCUACUUCCGCUGCCCCGACGGCCGCUGCGUGCCGGGCCGCUGGCGCUGCGACGCGGACGACGACUGCGGGGACGGCGCCGACGAGCUGGGCUGCGAGCCGCGCCCGUGCUCCGAGUCCGAGUUCCGCUGCGGCUCGGGCGAGUGCGUGCGCGCCUCGCUGCGCUGCUCGGGCGCGCCGGACUGCGCCGACGGCAGCGACGAGGCGGACUGCGCGCCGCACUGCGGGCCCGGCGCGCGCGCCUGCCGCGGCGGCAACACGUGCGUGCGCGCCGACUGGUGGUGCGACGGCACGACCGACUGCGCCGACGGUUCGGACGAGGCGGACUGCGGCGCGGGCGCGGACCGCUGCGGCGCGCGGCUGGACUGCGGCGGCGCGGCGCGCUGCGCGGCGGACGCGUGGCGCUGCGACGGGCGGCGCGACUGCGCGGACGGGCGCGACGAGGCGCCGGCAGUGUGCGCGGCGCGCGCGUGUCCGCCGCCCAUGUUCCGCUGCGCGGACGGUGUGUGCGUGCCGCCCAACCUGCUGUGCGACGGGGUGGCGGACUGCGCGGGGGACGAGGACGCCGCGCUCUGCGCGCGGCGGCGCUGGCUGGGCGAGGAGUCCCCGUGCCUGCGCCACGAGACGCUCUGUGACGACGGCCGCUGCGUCGCCGCCAACUCCACCUGCGACGAGAGCUCGCGCGCGUGUCGCUGGGACAGCUGCGCCCAGCUGUGUCUGCCCAAACAUGACAACCACACCUGCAAGUGCGUGGCGGGGUACAAGCAGCGCCAGCUGGCGGACGGCACGCUGACCUGCGAGGCCGUGGGCGACAAGCCGGUGGUGCUGGUGGCGGCCGGGGGCGCGCUGCACGUGUGGGAGCCGCACAAACAGGCCGUGGCCGGCGCGCCCUCCACUGCGCGCGCCCCCGCCGCCGCGCCCCCGCCCGACAUCACGUGCAUCGCCGGCGCGCUGCUGGACGGCGCCUGGUGGCUGCUGUGGGACGCGGCCGGCGCGCUGCACGCCGCCGACGUCACGCCGCUCAUGCAGGCGGCGGCCGGCCCGGCGCGCGCCGCCGUGCUGCGCGGGCUGCGCGGCCGCGAGCUGGCGCGCGACGCGGGCGCCGAGGUGCGCGGCGUGGCGCUGGACGCGGCGGCGCGGCGCGUGUACUGGACCGUGGCGGGCGCGGGGGGAGAGGGCGCGCUGCGCGUGGCGGCGCUGGACGGGCGGCGGCGCGCCACGCUGUACCGGCGCGCGGGCGCGGAGCCGGGCGGCGUGGUGCGCACGGCGCCGCUGUACUGGGCGGAGCGCGGGCGCUGGGCGGGCGUGCGCGCGGCGGGCGCGGACGGCGCGGGGCUGCGCUGGCUGGUGGCGCGGCGCGUGCGGCGCCCGGCGGCGCUGGCGCUGGACGCGGCGGCCGCGCGCCUGUACUUCGUGGACGAGUACUACGACACGCUGGACAGCGUGCGCCUGGACGGCUCGGCGCGGGUCACGCUGGCGCGCUUCUCGCAGCGCCCCGACCCGGCGCCGCGCGCGCCCACCUACUACGUCGACGGAGAGAUGCGGCUGGCGGCGGAGGGGGACGCGGGCGCGGGGCCGCGCGUGGUGUGGGGGCGCGCCUGCGUGGGGGCGCAGGUGUGGGAGGACUGGCUGUGGUGCGGCACGCCCCGCGCCCUGCUGCGCCUGCACAAGCGGGGGCGCGGCGCCCCGCGGCCGGCGCGCGGCCCGCCCGGCGCCGCGCUCACGGCGCUGGCGCUGCUGCAGGCGGCGCUGCACACAGCGGGCAACGACCCCUGCGCCGGCGCAUGCCACGCCACGGCGCUGUGCGUGCGCAGCGCGGCCGCGCCCGGCACGGCCUGCAUCUGCCCGGACGGACUAGUUCCCGCAGACGACACCGCUGACAACGAGCAGCGCAAGUGUGUGAUCCCGCGCGGCACUGUGGCCGCGGGCGCGGGCGAGGGGGGCGAGGGGGGUGAGGGCGCGGAGGGCGCGUGCGGGCUGGCGUGCGGCGCGGGGCAGUGCGAGAUGACGGAGAGUGGGCCGCGCUGCCGCUGCGGGGCGCUGUACGCGGGCGCGCGCUGCCAGCACUACCGCUGCGCCGCGCACUGCCACCGCCGCGGCCGCUGCCUGCUCGACACCGCGCAGCCCGCGCCGAAAGACCAGCCGCCGCCGCUCAAGUGUGUGUGCCAGCCGGGCUACGGAGGCGCGCGCUGCGAGCUGCAGGUGGGCGGCGGGGGCGCAGGGGGCGCGGGAGGCGCGCUCCAAGACGCGUGCACGACGUUGACGUGCGAGAACCAAGGCACGUGCGUGGCGCGCGACGGGCGCGAGUGGUGCGCGUGCGCGGCGGAGUACACGGGCGCGCGCUGCGAGCGCUGCGUGGCGGGCCCCGACUGCGGCCCCGCCGGGGUGUGCGUGCGGGGCGCGGGGGGCGCGGGGGGCGCGCACUGCCGCGCCGACAUCUGCCGGUUCUUCUGCCUCAACCAGGGCACGUGCAGCGUGUCGGCGGUGGGCGCGGUGUCGUGCGUGUGUCCGGCGGCGUGGGCCGGCGAGCGCUGCCAGCGGCCCGCCUGCGUGGACGCCGCCUGCAGCCCGACCGACAACGACACGGGGGGGCACACCCAGCCACCGCACCCGGCCACGGGGGACACGGAGGGGCACGCACACAACGACACGGACGCGGAGUGCGGCGGGGGCUGCGAGCAGGGCGGGCACUGCGUGUGGGCCGGCGGGCGCCGCGCGUGUGUCUGCGCCGGGCCCUGGGGCGGCGCGCGCUGCACGCUGUACGUGGGCCACGACCACGCCUGCGCCGCGCGCGCCUGCCCGCCGCCCGCGCUCUGCGUGUGGGGGCCCGACCUGGGGCCCGCCACGCCCGGCGCCACCUACUGCGCCUGUCUCGAGGGCGCCAGCUGCACGGCGCCGCACGCCCUGACCCCGGCGCCCGCAGACGCCGGCGCGCCGGCCCCGCGGCCGGGCUCGGGCGGCGCGUGGGCGGGCGGCGUGGUGGCGCUGCUGUGCCUGGUGGUGGCGGUGCUGGGCGCGCUGUACGCGCUGCGCCGGCGCCGGCACGGGGCCUUCGUGCACGCGCGCCUGGCGGACAACGUGGAGAUCAACAACCCCAUGUACCUGGCGGGCGAGGACGAGCUCGACCCGCCGCACCACAACCACAUGCACAACAACGGCGGCAACCACUUCGCGAACCCGGUGUACGACACCAUGUACGCCGCGCCGCACGCCGCGCCCGCCGAGGAGCAGGCCAACCUGCUGCAGGCGGGGGCGGGGGCGGGGGCGGGGGACGGGGCGCGCGAGCAGGAGCGGGCCGCGCUGCUGUAGACACCGCGCCGCCAGCCCCGGCACACGCUGCACUACACGUUGUACUACACAUUGUGGCCAGUGUGCCAGUGGCGUACGUCAGUACGUCCCGUAGUGCGGCGCCGCGGUACUCGUGGCGACUCGUAUGGCGCUCGAGCCCGCGAACGCAAGCAUCUUAUCUAAAUUUAAUAAUUAGUGCAUGCUCAUUACUCCGCUGUAUUUGUGCACGCUCAUUACUCAUUAGUAUUGCAUUGAGCGUGACGACUGCAUGAAGGUAACCUGCAGUAGGUACAUGCAGUGACUGUACCACGUCUUGUUUAUAGUCGUACGUACUGUAUGACUAUAAAAGUUAAUAACUCGUAUUUCUUAAUGGUACACUGAACUGUACCUACUACGUUUUGUUUACAUGUUCGAAUGCAGAUCACAAAUAGUAAACAGGGCUGUUUGGGGGAUUCUAAUAUUCAUUCAACAAAUGUAUGUACGUGUAUGCUGUGUACAUACAUUUGUUGAGUUUGUACAUUAGAGUAGCAGGUAGUGAGUACAACAUUCGACAUUGAGUGGUUGUUAGCGUUCCGGGUGGUGUCAUACUCCGCCACAUUACGUCACCGCGGCGCUGCACUCCGCGACACAGGCGUGACGUUAUACAUUAUUAUAUUUAUUCAUUAUCCUAUAUCUAAGUCGCGAUCUACUCAGUCGAUACUCAAAUAGUUUCCAAAAAGUGUUUAUAUUGUUAUGUAAGCCAUGCUCGCUAGACGUAUGAACUUUUGUGGUGAAAAGAUUGUGCGAGCCCUAUGUAAUCAGAAUCUCAUGAUGUGAUACACGCAGCGGCGCUCACACAGCGCCGACACUGCGGACAUUUGUGCUUUUGUAAAUAAUCAGUCUUGCCGAGUAAUUCACACUGACCUCGAAAUAAGUACAUUUUGUAUAUUUUAAGUAUUUAUAAAGUAUGUUGACUGAAAGUAUAUAGAGUGGCUGUCUCCAAACAACUUGUGCCAUACGCUGCACUGACGAGGCGAGACUACUUCCACACCACUUUAAGUUCCUUACCGUUGUUACAUGAACGCAUAAUAUACCCACGACACUCGUCUUGUUAUUUUAUAUAAUUGUGUAACAUUAGCACAGUGUAAGUACUUACAUAGGCCAGUUUAGUUAGUAGUUUGUCGAACGACCUAAGUAAUGCAACAAGAUGGCAGCUCCAUGACCUCGCGUCGUGUAAUUGUGAUUGUUUUGUAUUUUUUACGUUUUGUAAGUAGUUGUAAGUAAGUAGGUAGUGUAGCGGGGCGCGGCAGCUGUACCUGUAACAGUGCAAUAUGAAGUAUCGUGCCAAAUUGUAGAGAUGACCGCAGCCACUGCCGGCGCCGCGCCCCGCCCGCUGUACGUUGCCAACUAAUGUUUGUAAUGGUUUGCUCAAAUCUAAUUAGUAUUUAUCACGAAGCAACACUUGUGUUUGUACCAAUGUUUUCGAACAUAUCAAAUUGAGAUUAUCUGUUGAGUACAAUUUUAAGUUUUAGGUUUUUUACAAAUUUAAUUAAAUGAUCACAAUAAUAUUGUCUAAGUCUUCGUAUUAAUUAUGUAGAAAUAGCAAUUCUAAUAUUAUGUAAGAAUAAUGACUUGAAAAUAAAAAUAUGAAUUGAA